AUGAACCUGUAUCAUUUCAUUUUAUCGUUUCUAUUCAUUUUCUUCAUCAUAUUCUACAAUAUAUGGAGGCGCCACAAAAGUGGUGUUGUACUAAAUUGGCCAAUAAUUGGCAUGCUACCAUCACUUCUCCUUAAUCUAUCCAAUUUUCAUGAUUUUUUGACCUCAGGUUCCAAACAAUAUGGAAGCACAUUUCAUUUUAAAGGACCAUGGCUCACAAACAUGAACAACAUUAUCAUCACUUGUGAUCCCAUGAAUGUGCACCACAUCACUUGA